AUUCUACAGCCCAUGUUUUCAUGUUUAAUCUGACACCUUGCAGCAUCAUGAACAAACCCAUCUGGAAGGCUGCUCUUACCUGGAUUCCAAGAAGUGACAUCACCUUUUUGAAGAUCGUCUUCAAAGUCUGGCACAGCGGUAUUGAAGCGUUACACUGGAAAGAAGUCCUUUGCAGUGGAGCUGAUGACGAAUACUCAGUGUGCGGAGCACUGAAAGGAGAAACAAUUGUAUCAGCAUUUGACAUUAAAGGUGCAAGAAUAACUUUUCCAAAGGGCAAUUAUAAUGUUAUUAUACAAGCAUUCUCUGAUGAUUUUCAGAAUAAUAUGGUCAUGUGCUUGAAUUUCACCAUGAUAAUAAAACAAGGUGCUUUCUGA